CAAUCGAUUCGCGCACGUUUUGAUAAUUUUGGCGAAUUUGAAGCUGAUUGUUGCUUAAUUACGUUGAACGAUGAUAUUAUUUGAGUACAAGCCUGGAAAAGGAAUAUAAAGUUUAACAUAGAUCCGUUCGUUGCGUCGUUCGGCAGAGACUUGGAAAAUCGUGUCUGCAAAACUCGUGAUUCCUCAAGGAUCUCAGAGGAAAUCGAAUUGAUUGAAAUGUCCGUGAACAAAUUUAUGCACUAUCGUAAUCGCUAUCGCGAGAAGCCCGAUUAUCAGGAGUUGGUCAAACAGUUUCCUGAACUAGCGAAGGUCGCUACCGUGGAUCUAAAUGGAAAAGUAAAGCUCGAUUAUAAAAACAAAGAGGCAGUGCAGUUGCUCACGAAAUGUUUACUAUUAAAGGAUUUUGGUUUAACGCUGGAGCUACCAUCCAACAAACUGGUGCCAACCUUACCGCUUAGGCUGAACUACAUUCACUGGCUCGAGGACAUUGGCUCGGUACUGGACUGGAUGGAAACCGGGAAGGACGUACAUGGCAUAGAUAUCGGAUGCGGUGCUUCCUGCAUCUACCCAUUGUUGGCCGUAGUUCAAUCGAACCGUCGCUGGAACAUGUUGGCCAUUGAGAAGGAUGAACUUAGUCUGAUCAGUGCCAGAGCUAAUGUGACCAGUAAUGGUUUGGAAGAUUACAUUACCAUCGUGCCGCAGGUCGCAGACGGAUCUACAUUACUUAUCGAUGUACUCAAAGACUUUCCUAACAAGAAAUUCGAUUUCUGCAUGUGUAACCCGCCGUUCUACGACAGCGCAGCAAUUCACGAAGUCUGCAAUCGUACGGGAAUGCGUAAAGAACCAACUAACGCAACAACCGGAUCCGGAGAGGAGCUUUGCACGCCGGGAGGUGAAGUUCACUUUGUUGGACAAAUCAUUCGCGAAAGCCUAGUGCUGAAAGAUCGAAUUUCGGUGUAUACCACAAUGUUAGGGCAUAAGCAGAGUUAUGAAGAAAUACUGCGACUUUUGAAACGAAGUAACAUUCACAACGUAACAGUGAGCCGACUAUGCCAAGGUAAUACGACUCGCUGGUCCAUAGCAUGGAGCCAUGACGGUGGAGUGCUUCUGUCGAGAGUACACACCACGCUGGAAACAACUGCAACCAAAAAACCGAUGACUUGUCGAAUUUUCGCCGAGAACGAAAUGCCAUCGAUAAGUGCGGCAUACGAUUUUCUAGUGAAAUUGUUUAAAUCAAUAGCGAUAGGCCUACGUAUAGUGAAGACAUAUGAGAAAACGUCGGAAAUCGUUUGUGAGUUUAUUGCAUACCAGAACUCGUGGUCGCACCAACGAAGAAAACGGAGGUAUGAUAAACUCGCUGCAGGUCAAACGGAAGAUGCAGAUUCGUCAAAACGGCUAAAAUUAGAGAACGAAGAGCAUCAGCCUUCAAACAUAGAAACCAGUGAUCCUUACCUGAAAGCAACGGUGUACAUCAACCACAAGGAGUGCGAUGGUUACUUUGUUUCAAUGCAGCACAUCGGUGGAAUUGCUGGUAGAGAUGGAUUGAAUCAAGUGCUGCAGUUUAUCAAAAAUAGCAUCCAAUCGCGUAAGGAUUUACCAACGAAAUAAACAUUCUGCUGCGAAG